AUGAAACAUUCUAUAAAGCCAUUCAGCACCAUAGUAAACAUGAAGAUAAUUAUAAUGCUUGUCCUGUUAGCAGUGGUUGCAGGCACAAAAGAAGGCAUAGACCUCUCACUUUGCUCGGACGACAGGACAUAUUGCUAUGACCACAUCCAUGGAAUGAUUAGGCAUGUGGGCUCAGAUUCAAUUGCCCCUCCAUUUGGUGUUAGCACACAGACAAAUGACACAUAUGGCGGGGUGGCUGUUUAUUCAGACACAAAUCCAAAAGUAACAAACUCUUUUAGCUCGCUCUCAGUCGUGCCGGCUGUAAAAUACAAGUACAGCAUGGGGAAUAAAAUGGUAGCUGCACCCGAGUGCGGUCUGGAGCACUCUGCCGCCGAGUGCAAAGUUGUGUCUAUUGGGGCAGCCACACCCACAGUAAGCAAAGCAGUUGUUGCAGGACAGCCAUACCUUGUGUCCACUCCGUCUAUCUCUGCGCCAGUGGAGGAGAUGAAAGUGCCUCCUGCCAUAGUGAGCAUCCCAGAGACAGAAAGCUCUCUUGCUGUGGACCCUUGUGACGAAGCGCCUAUUGUGACACACACGCCCACUAAAGUCUGCUACAGCAAGCCGCAGAAGAAAUAUUUGACUGUAAACUGCUGCAAGACCACAAGAAUUCCCAUCAAGGAGAAGAAAACAAAAAUUCCAUGCAUUUGUGCAGAUGGAACGCCAGCAGCGCGGGUUAUUCCAGAAAAAGAGCCUCAGCUAGAAGUGGCCUCUGGAAAUAUAGCUAUCGCAGAUACAGCAGUUACAGCUACAACCUCUGCUGCACACAUAACACCAGCAAUACAAAUUCCCGUGCAGACGGUGAGCCCCCAAGUACCUCAGCUAGAAAAUGCCCAUGCGUAUAUGAAUUGGGCGUUGAACCCACAGAACCGAUCAAGCCUGAUCCGCACUCCGCUAAACACUUCGGAAGAAGACAAAUUAAUAGUGGAGCAGGAUAGAAAUUAUAUUAUAAGAGCAUCUCGCCAAUUGUAG